AAUUUUCUUAGUAUAUCUCUGUCCGAUAAGCCCACUCAUAAAACCAGGGCCUUAGCCAGGGCCACACAUAUCGGACUCCUUACGGACACACCAUGAUCAGGGCCUUACUGCUGUCUACGUUGGUGGCUGGAGCUCUCAGCUGUGGGGUCCCCACUUACCCACCGCAACUGUCCAGAGUGAUUGGAGGUGAAGAUGCAAGGCCCAACAGCUGGCCCUGGCAGGUCUCCCUGCAGUACAGCUCCAGUGGCCAGUGGCGUCACACCUGCGGAGGGUCUCUGAUAGAACAAAAUUGGGUCCUGACAGCAGCCCACUGCAUCAGCUCCUCCAGAACCUACCGUGUGGUGGUGGGCCGGCAGAGUCUCUCCACCGUUGAGUCUGGCUCACUGACCGUCGCAGUCUCCAAGUCCGUGAUACACGAGAAGUGGAACUCCAACCAGCUCGCCCAAGGGAACGACAUUGCCCUGCUCAAACUGGCCAGCUCUGUCCCCCUGACUGACAAGAUCCAGCUGGGCUGCCUGCCGCCUGCCGGCACCAUCCUGCCCAACAACUACGUCUGCUAUGUCACAGGCUGGGGAAGACUGCAGACCAACGGAGCUCUUCCUGACAUCCUGCAGCAGGGCGAGCUGCUCGUUGUGGACUAUGCCACAUGCUCCCAACCUAGUUGGUGGGGCAGCACUGUGAAGACCAAUAUGAUCUGUGCUGGGGGAGACGGCGUGACCUCCAGCUGCAAUGGGGACUCCGGCGGGCCACUGAACUGCCAGGCAGAUAAUGGCCAGUGGCAGGUGCAUGGCAUAGUCAGCUUCGGGUCCUCCCUCGGCUGCAACUACUACCGCAAGCCCUCCGUCUUCACCCGGGUCUCCAACUACAAUGACUGGAUCAGUUCGGUGAUUGAAAAUAACUAACCACCAGAAGUCCCUGGGACUGUUUCAGACUUGGAAAGGUCACAGGAGAAAAGUAACAAUAAAGUGACAACUACUUGAA